AUGCUGCGGUGUCAGUUUGUUACGAGAGGAAAAGUCUUCUUUGCCCCUGAUACCAGAUUCGUAACCGUAAGGCCCAUACUCACCAACCUCAUCAUCUUUCUCAGUUUCUCUCUCCAACGGCACGGUGGUUGUGGUUCACCGUUAACUCUUUUGGUCUCAGCUCAGUCAACCAUGAAGCUGUCCCUCAAGUUUCAGGGUCAAGAUGAAAACCACCACCACAUGACGGCCAAGUUACCCAUCACCAUCUUCAACCACCCAUUCCUUUCUACCAUCACCGCCUCCUCCUCCGCAACCGCCUCGGGUUCCGACUUUUGCUUCUCGCUCUCCACCAACUUCCCGUCACCAGCUUCACCCUCUCCCCUUCCUACGCCCCUCUUCCCUCUUUCUUCCUCCACCUCAAGCCCCAAUUCGGUCAUUUCUCCCUCAACAAAACCGUCUUCUCCGAUGCUAUCCCCCCUCCCGAACCUACCAAACCCUAUUUCGCCAAUGCUUCCCUCGAUCGUAAUGGUUCUUCUUCCGGUUGGCAAGAGAUGAAACUGGAGCCUUUUGGUGCCAGAGACAACAACAACCACAAUGAUCGUAUUAAUGAUACCCCUGGAACUGUGUUUGUUCCUGAGAGUGAGAAGAGGAACAACAGAAAUGGUGACCGACGCGGCGUUUCAGCUGGUGUUGCGGUUAUGGCUAGAACAGUGAUGCCUGUGACGAAGGGGCUUCUAUUGAAUAUGCGUUGGGGAGUGAACUUUCCGGAGGAUUCGGGGUUGAAGAUGCCGUAUUUGACAGUAAACAAGAUUGGGUUAGAGAGGGUUGUUGAGGAAGCUAAGCAAGAGGAUGAAUAUAAUAAGAAGGGAAGGGAUUUGCAGAUGCUGAAGGGAAUGUGUUUGUGGAUGAAGAAGGACUUGGAGGAUGCAGAGAAGGAGAAUAGGGAGAUGAAGCAGUUGUUGGAUGAGAUCAGAGUUAGAAGCAAUGGUGGUGGUAACGGUGGGAGGAAGGUGUCGCAUUCGCAGCAUUCUAGUGCAGGGUCUAGCGAGUUUGAACGUUGGAGAAGCAAGAAGAGUGUUAGAGAAGCUAACGAGAAGAAAGAACCACCAUCACCGCCACCACCAAAACAGAGUGUAGCGAGUGAUGUGGAAUCUGAAUUGCAGAAAGCCAUACAAGCAGCCGCCGCAGCUGCUGCUUCCUCUUAGCAAGAAGGAGGUCAUUUACUCAUUUUUAUUCUGAAUUUGCAGUGCUUUCAAUGUACAUAAAUUCUGAGCUUCUGUUUCUUAUUUGAUAUCAACAAUUGAUAAAAUGGUACUACUUCUAUAUGAACUCUGAAGUCUACAACAACUAUCUCUUUGGGUUGAUGGCAGGAGAGGUAUGGACUGGAAUGAAAUACAUUACCAAAACUUGCAUUGUUUGGAUUUGAAAAUUUUGAGAUGCAAUGCAAAUAGAGAUGGAUCGGGAGAGGAAUUGAAUGGAAUAGUGAUCUUUGAUUUUCUUUUAUUCA